AUGUUGGAAUGCCAGAACUGUGGCGCCGUGGGCGACUCGUUCUUUAGUGAGAAUUACUUUGGUGAGAUGGUAUGUGAGUUAUGUGGUACACAGAGCUUUCUACAGGCACGUAAUGAGACGCAGGAUGCCGAGGACAUGGGAUUUGAUAUGACGACUGUGCUCAAGUCACUCAAGCAACGUGUUGUGCGCCGAAAGAAGCGAGAUUCCGAUAGAAAUUGCAUUGACGAUACGCGGAAUACAAGACCAAAGAAAGAGCCAUGUCAAAAGAUAGAGCCCAAGCUACCAGAGCUACUGGACUGCGUUAUUGCGACGCAAAUGGUGCUCGAUGCUAUGGCUCGGACGCUCGUGGAACGGAUUGGACCAAAUACGUUUCCAGCUGACGAAUACCCGAGAGCAGUGAAAGCAUUGUGGUUCAAGUUCUUACACACGUGGGGAAUUAAAGGUACAAAGCCAUUGCUACGGUGUUACAAUGAAUUUUUCAUGUAUUAUACUCGGGAAGAGGAAAAGAGCAUGGAUCCUGCUGUAACGUUUGAUUUGUUAGAGCAAUGGGAUGCCGAGUGGGAGAAAAAGAAAGAUGAGGAAACAGAGCAGAUUGAUGACAAAAUUCCAAUGAAAGUAAAAGACGAAGAGGUGAGCAAGACAAGUGAAGCACCAAAAAAGAAAAGUCGAGGAGAAAAGUAUGUCAGGACAAAUGUUCGACUACCUGGCACGCUCAACAAAUUCUCGAUUGUAGAUAUGAUUGGAAUCUUGAUGCUUGCGUCACGUGUGCUUAACUUGGGGCUACUGCCGAGUGAUUUUGCAGACUGGGUGGCCACGGGAGUGAUUCCAUACCAUAACGCAUUGGCUACAACUUGUGCUGAUGUGCCUGAUGUACGGGAUUCCGUCAAGUUUGUAUCUCAAUUUUUCCAGUCUUUGAUGAAGCGUCACCGAGCAAAUGCUAUCCAGAUUGCCUACUCUGCCAAUCACCUUAUGUAUCACAUGGGGUUGCGUCUGCCUCCGUUAAACGUGCCACUAGCUGUGCAUCGAAUUUGCGCAACCAUGGGAUUUCCUGACGAAGUUUUUCGCAACUUUCAGUGGAUUUCGGGUUUCAUGAAUGUGGCAGGAGAUCAACCAGAACCGCCACUUCUGCUUCAGGCGGAGGUCGAUGGCUAUCCUAGAUUCAAUCUAACGCCAACCAAGGAAGACAAAGACAGAGUAGACGGGAUUCUUGAGUCUGAGGUUGGCAUUGUAGCACAUUUGGUGGUGGCGAUUAAAAUGUGUGCAAAUUGGCAUGAGUGGAUUUACGAGCGGAGGCACAGAGAAGAUGAUGACGAAGAGACCAAAAGUGACGGCAGUGGAGGUAAGCGCAAGGCACCACCUGCUACCGCAGUACACAACGCGCACCUCCUCCGUCGGCGCGAUCUGGAUGCACUAGUUCGGUUUGCCAGAGACGUCUUUGCAGAUCCUGAUCAUUCUGGCAUCCCCGAAUGCCUCGAGGAGCACGUCGAAGCGUUAGAACGUAUUCAACAAACUGGCGAAUCGGUGACUUCAGAUAGCGAUCUUAGUGAGCAGCUUAGGCAAAACAGUCUCUACGCCUACCCAGCUAUUCACGUUGAUGGAGUUCUCGCUGAGAGUGACGAGGCUAUCGAGAAACGCAUGCAGCGUUUGCGAUCUCAAGAAGCCGGUGAUGUAGUGGGACAAAACGCUGACGAAGAGAAUAAGUACGACGCAUUCUUCUACCCGGUUUUCUUCCUUGAAAGCUGUCGCAGUGAGCUUCAUUCAGCAGUCGAGCAUGUGCUUGAGAUGUUGUGUCAAAAAAUUGACGCACCGAUUGCUGCAGUUUUGAUUCGACUGGCAGAGCUUGACAAACGGAUGCAGAGUUUGAUCUACCACUUCGAACGAACGGAGUAUCACGUCGGUUUGCUCCAACAAGGACAUGCAAAAUGGAAGGCCAGUCAAAAGGCUGCCAAGGGUCAUGAUGUCGUUAGAGCUUAG